AAUAAACAGAAGGAACAGUUUAAGAUUAGUUAUUGCGUGUCUGUUGAAAUUAAAUAGUGAGUGGUUUGGCAUUUAAGCAGAAUUAAAUCCUUUGGUAGGACCAUUUCUACAAGUAUUAUCAUCACCUGAAGACCGAAAAUGGCAGGGAAUAUAAAAAACAUAAAUGCUGCCGACGCUGAAAUUGCAAAUCAUUUGAGAUAUAUUUUCCACAUUAAGCCCAAGCCAGCUCCAACAAAAUGUAAUCCAUUUGUGGUCGAAUUUUUCGGCGUUUUGAGUCUAACUGAUCUGCGAGAGCCCGAGAGGAAGCUGUGGUACAUAUACUAUUGUAAGCAGACAGAUAUCGAGCACACUCUGCAUCAGAUUCACAAGAAGUAUGGCAAAAAGAAUAUGUAUGAGAUAUUCCGGAAGCCGGUAUUCAGUGGCCCUGCCUUGCGCGCCAGUGUCAAGAAGCACUUUUCGGAAUUGAAGUGGUUUACAAAGGGAAAUCUGCUAGAAGCACCCCCAAAGAGUCAUUUUAACAACGAGCGUGUUUGUAAAACCGUAACGGAUCUGCACAACAUUGAGCAGCAAAGACUUUAUAACUAUGUGAUGGUGAAAAAUCAGUGGUACUCGAGGUACAACCGCUGAUUACGUCUGGUGUAGGUGUAGUUAAGCUCUGUG